GUUCACGGUCUGAGGCCAGUGGAUGUGUCUCUUAUAACCACCAUUGGGAUCCCACGGUCCCUGAGCAAACAAGUGUCCAGGGUGGUCAGCAGAUUAUAUGAUAUUAUAUCCAUGUUCAACCCUGAUUUGACCAGCCUGCUUCCAGAGCCAACAGAGAGCCACCCCUCUCAGCACAGGAGUCUGUCGGACCAUGCCAAGGAAGUUGUCUUCCUCCUCCGGACCACGCAGAUACUUCAUUCAGGAAGACAGUGGAAGCUGGUUCUGCUUCUGGUCCCGGUGGAGGGGCUCCGUGUCUGUCCAGAGCAGGCCAGUGCUGCAGUACAGAGAGCUGUGGGACAGGUGGAUGAAGCUUUGGAGAUCCUGCACAGCCAGCUGAAUGACACCUUGGUCAGCGUGGUUGUAUGGGGAGGUCAGUUUGAAACCACUCAGCCUGACCAGGACAGGCUGUGCCACUGUGAGAUGUGCAGUGAGAAGGAAUUCAGACUGAGAAAGGCCCUCCUCGCCCAGACCUUGCAGGAGUCUCUAGGUCGCCUCCUGCUGGAUAAGCAGUGGUAUAGCAUGAGGGAUGACUUCACAGUAACACUACAGGCUACCCCAUCUGUUGUUGACCCAGUCUCCUUCAUUGAAAGAAGAGCUCCCUCUAGUGGUCUUACCUCAUGGCAUGCAGACAAACUGGCAUUACAGCUGUGGACCAACCUGUUGCAGCCCACGGAUGGACAGCCAAGCGUGAAUAAGAAAACAUUCCUCGGCAGUGACAGCAUCCCCUGCCCCAGCCAGGACCGCCCCUUCUUGCGGACAGAGAGAAACUCCUCCCCAGGACCUCGUGUGGGUGUCCACAGCCCUAGGGACUACGUGGCCAGUUCACCUCUGUCUGACUCUGUCCUGGGCAGUGAGCUGCCUUGUGAAGACAGAAGCCCCUCCCACUCUCCUCCAACUUCAGUUCACGCCCUCCGCCCAGGAGAUGUGAAGGUGGUGGCCGCUAUAGGAGACUCGCUGACGGCCGGCAAUGGAAUUGGUUCAGCUCCUUGGAAUUUACUGGACGUUCUGCGUCAGUACAGAGGAUUGUCCUGGAGCAUUGGUGGGGAUGAAAACCUCACCACUGUCACAACUCUUCCCAAUAUCCUGAGGCAGUUCAACCCAUCGCUGACGGGAUUCUCAGUAGGCAUCGGAAUGCAGAAUAGUGAUAGAGCAUUCCUUAACCAGGCCGUGGCAGGAGCUACCAGCGAAGAUCUAGCUGGCCAAGUGCGUGUCCUGGUGGACAAGAUGAAGAACGAUUCACGUAUUAAUUUCCACUCGGACUGGAAGGUGAUCACCGUGUUUAUAGGAGGGAAUGACCUUUGUGACCACUGCACCCACUCUGUUUAUUUUUCUGCCAAUAACUUUGUGUCACGAAUCCGGCAAGCUCUAGACAUCCUCCACAAAGAGGUUCCACGUGCUCUUGUGAACCUGGUGGAGCUGUUGCAUAUCAUUCCUCUGCGGCGACUGCACCAAAUCCCCAGUCUAAACUGCCCUACCUGGCUGGUCAACAUCAUGUGUCGCUGCGUUCUCUCACCUAAAGAUGGUUCGGUGGAAGUGCAGAGAGUAAAUGACAUAAACAGAGCCUAUCAGCAUGGCCUGCAGCAGCUUGUGGAAUCUGGUCGCUAUGACACCAAGUCCUCCUUCACCGUGGUGCUGCAGCCAUUCUUCAGAGAUGUGAUACUCCCCCUGCUGGAGGAUGGGCGCCCUGACAGGUCCUUCUUCACCCCGGACUGUUUCCACCUCAGUCAGAAGUCUCAAACUCUGAUGGCACGUGCUUUGUGGAACAACAUGCUAGAACCCCUGGGGAAUAAGACCCAGACACAGAACUUCACUGCGGAUAUCUCUCUGAAAUGUCCCACUAAGGACUCACCGUUCCUAAGCACCUAUCAGAACAGUAACUACACUUACCAGGGCCCCCCUCCAACACCACCCCCCAUCACGAACUGGGGUAGUGACCUGUCAUGUGCAGAACGGAACCCCUCCAACACCGUUCCUGUGUCAGCUCACAAACUGCGACCAGCAGACAUCAAGGUUGUAGCUGCCCUAGGAGACUCAAUCACCGCUGGUUCUGGUGCAAAGUCAAAAAACAUCCUUCAGAUGAGAAAUGAGUACCGGGGGGUGUCCUGGAGCAUUGGGGGAGACGAGUCUCUGGACAGGGUGACCACACUUCCCAAUAUCCUGAGGCAGUUUAACCCCACCCUCCUUGGCUUUUCUAAGGGUCAAGGGUCAAAGCAGACGGGUUUCAAUAAGGCCGUGUCUGGAGCCAAGGCCCACCAAAUUCCUGCCCAGGUACAGACACUCAUCCAAGAGAUGAGGGGCAGCCAGGAUGUUGACUUUGAAAAUGACUGGAAGCUGGUUACUCUCUUCAUUGGGGCCAAUGACCUCUGUCAGUACUGUAUGGAUCGGGGAAACCUUUCACCUCAAAACUACAGUCACCACCUAAUACAGAGUCUAGACCUGCUAUACCAAGAGGUACCGCGUGUGAUGGUAAAUAUUCUGGAGAUUCUGCAAAUCGAUGGCCUUCGGAGGAUCAAGAAGGACACACUGGCCUGUUCCCUGCUACAAAGGAAUCUGUGCCCAUGUAUAUUGAAUCCCAGUGAAGAUUCCCUAGAACUGAGUGAAAUGAGGAGGAUAAACCAGGAAUAUCAGGCUGAAAUGGAGCACCUUGUUUCCGGGGGCCGCUAUGAUGGCCGGGAAGACUUUGCUGUAGUAAUCCAGCCCUACUUCCGAAAUUCCAUUAUCCCCCUGAGCCCGGAUGGCGGACCGGAUCUGAGCUACUUCUCAGUGGACUGUUUCCACUUCAGUGAACGGGCCCAGGCAGAGAUGGCCAUCGCUCUCUGGAACAACAUGCUGGAACCUGUGGGAAGGAAGCAAGUGUACAACAACUUUACACACGACCGUAAGAAGAUCAAGUGUCCUUCAGAGGCCCAGCCCUACAUCUACACCAGGCUGAACAGCUUCCUCAGUCCCCCAAGCUCUCCAGUGCCUACCACCAGCACGUCCACCGCCACCUCCGAUGCCACUACAGCCCCCGCCUCUGUCUGCCCGUCCACCUGGCCCGCCUGGGCCUUUGCGCUGGUCGGCGUGGUCGGCUUGCUGAUCGGCUGGGGUUUCACCUGGCUAACCUUUUCCUGCAAACAGCGGAAGGAUUUGAAGAAGAGGUGUCAGACAGAAAUGAAAGGAAGUGAUCUGUGA